CCCACGCGCUCGCCUCCCCGAUAUAAGGCGCCGCCGACGGCAGGUGCCCAGCUCGAAAGCGCGCUGCCGCCAGACCCACCAUGCGGGGACCCCCCACCCUGGCGCUCGCCUGCCUGGCCCUGGCCGCGCUGCUCUGCCCGCCCGCCCACGCGUGGUACAAGCAAGCCGCCGGCCCCAGCUACUACUCGGUCGGCAGAGCCUCGGGGCUGCUGUCCGGCGUCCGCCGCUCGCCCUACAUGCGCCGCUCCGACGACGCCGACAGCAGCGCCGACGGCGCGCUCGCCUCCUUGCUGAUGGCAGAGCCGCGCCAGAGCCCCGGCGGGAGCCUGCGCAACAUGGCGGUGUGCGUGAAAGAAGUGGCCCCGGAGCUGCAGAGCUGCCAGCUUCUGCCCGGCGUCCCCAGCAUCAUCCAGUGCAAGGCCGAUGUCACCGUCUCGCUGGACCCCGCGGACUGCAGCACCACCUGAGC